AGCUUGCCCUGGGGCGGGGAAAUGCACAAGGAAAGAGCCGGCAAGCAGCCUAUCUCUCAGAAGAAAAGAGCAAGACUCGCAGCACAGGAACUGGCUUCACUCAAGUGUGCAGUUUAGAAGUCAAAAAACUAUUUCAAAUUACAGCAUUAUGGAAGAGACUGAAGAAAAAGGGCACAAAACUGGCUAAAUAUAGUGAAGAAUAUCGUAAACCAGGGUACAAAGUGCAUCUAACUGCAGUUUGAAAGUGGGCUCUGAAGUGCAAUCCUGGUUUUGCUUUUCAGCUGGAUUUUCAAUGUAUGCCAACACUGGACUUUCUAUGGAACUGAAAACAAAACAUUUCAGCUUUUGGAGUAAUUCUGGUAUGUUUUUCUACGUCACCCUAGUGGCAAGAAUACAGCCAAUAAAAGAUUGUGGUCCCUCAACUUCUGGCAUGGACAGCUGAGGAAUAUAAUGCCCAAUGGUGACACAGGGUGAUAAUUUCCUGUUUUUCACUAUUUAUCUCUGUGGUUUUGGACUUAACAAUGGAUAUUCUUUGUGAUGAGGAGAGCUCUGUGAACCCAACAGCAAACUCCUUCAUACAAAUAAAUCAGGAGAGAAGACUCUACAGAAAUGUUUAUGGAGCUGGAGAGAUUAAUAUAUCGCAUCUCAUUAACUUGACUGUGGACUCUGAAAAUCUAACCAAUCUUUCAUGUGAAAGUAACAUGAGUCCACCGUGCUACUCUUCCCUGAUUCAGCUUUCACAGAAAAACUGGCCAGCUUUGCUGACAGUAAUAGUGAUUGUUUUAACCAUUGCUGGAAAUAUUCUUGUCAUCAUGGCUGUUUCACUGGAGAAAAAACUACAGAAUGCCACUAACUAUUUUCUAAUGUCACUUGCAAUAGCUGAUAUGCUGCUGGGUUUCCUUGUCAUGCCUGUGUCAAUGUUAACCAUUCUGUACGGAUACACAUGGCCUCUACCUACAAAGCUCUGUGCCAUUUGGAUCUACUUGGAUGUGCUUUUCUCCACUGCCUCCAUCAUGCAUCUCUGUGCCAUCUCACUGGAUCGCUAUAUUGCCAUUCGAAACCCCAUCCACCACAGCCGGUUUAACUCAAGAACUAAGGCUUUUGCCAAAAUAAUUGCUGUUUGGACCAUAUCAGUUGGUAUCUCCAUGCCUAUACCCGUCUUUGGACUACAAGAUAAAUCUAAAGUGUUUAAGAAUUGCAGCUGCUUACUUGCAGAUGAGAAUUUUGUUCUAGUAGGUUCUUUUGUGGCAUUCUUCAUCCCUCUGACCAUCAUGGUAGUCACUUACUUUUUAACCAUCAAGUCGCUGCAGAAGGAAGCUAUGCUAUGUGUGGAUGACAUUGGCCCAAAGACCAAGUUUGCUUCAUUUAGCUUCCUCCCUCAGAGUUCCCUGUCCUCAGAAAAACUCUUUCAGCGCUCCUUGAACAGAGACAUGGGGACUUCUGGGAGAAGAACCAUGCAAUCCAUCAGCAAUGAGCAGAAGGCUUCCAAGGUUCUUGGCAUUGUCUUCUUUCUGUUUGUUGUGAUGUGGUGUCCAUUUUUCAUCACCAAUGUGAUGGCUGUAAUUUGCAAGGAGUCAUGCAGUGAAAAAGUCAUUGGAGGACUCCUUAACAUAUUUGUUUGGAUUGGUUACCUUUCUUCAGCUGUCAACCCACUCGUAUAUACACUGUUCAAUAAAACCUACCGCUCAGCUUUCUCUCGUUACAUUCAGUGUCGCUACAAGGAGGAGAAGAAACCUUUCCAGCUGAUUUUAGUGAACACUAUCCCAGCACUUGCAUAUGAUUCCAGCCAGCUCCAGCUAGCACAAAUGAAGAGUUUGAAAAAGGAGGCAAAAAUGAUGGCUAAGGAUUACUCAAUGGUCACAAUAGGAAUACAUCAUUUGGAUGGUACCUCUAAGGGAAGUAUCAGCCCAGGGAACGAAAAGGUUAGUGGUGUGUGAUGGUUGGCAGCUGCCAUGACAACCACCGUGCGUUUGCUGAAAAUUUCACCUGGCUGGGAGAAGCUCUGAUAGCUUAGGAAAAUCAGCCCUGUUCAAGAGACUUUCCAAUAACAUCAUAUACUCCUCAUAUUACCCUGUGGAUGAAAAACAGGGUUUUAAUGGUAUCAAAUGUGCAAAUUUUUUUCAUACAGUACUUUGGCUGUUUUAAGCACAGGCUUUAUUAAACUUAUUUUUUUAAUAUUCUAAAGGAUAUAUUUCUUAAAGAAAAAAUGCAAUUUCUGGUACUAUAAUAUGGGCUGUGAAGAAACUUACGCCUUUCUUUUCUCUUUGCAAAUGAAAGCUAAGCUGUCCUUUGAUGUUCUUGCAGAAUAGGCUCCAGCUAGUUUGUCUUGCUACAGUCGAGUUUUGUUAUCAUUAACUGGAUGAGCACUUUACCAAAUUUUGAAUAAAAUUAUGGUUAAUUUGCUAAUAUAUAUUUUAAAUAAAUUUUAAACUAUUAAAGAAAAUCUAUUAAAACUGCUAUAGAUUAAUUAUAUGGGCAUUUUUUAACUGUUUUAUGGUUAUUUUUUCCUUCUGAGUAACCAUUCUGAAAUGUCACUGGGCUUUUCUGCCAUUUGUUCUGUAUUUCAAGUUAGGAAUCUUCAGAGAGAAAUUAUACUUAAAUGAUCCUUUGUUUCUACCACCAUUUGUAAUCUUUAUUUUAUGUAUUGUACUUUAUUUCCGUUCAAAAAUUUCAUGUGUUCGUGUUUCAUGUGUUCAGCUUAAAAGUUGAAAGUAAUAUUUUCAAAAGUAACUAUUUGGAUUGAUUCCCUGCUCCUUCCCACUGGUGUUGUCAGGGAGGUAAAGUGAGAGAAGACUGGAAAACCAGGCACAACACUGCUAAAUAAUUUCAGGAACUGUUCCAGGUCCAUGCCUCUGUUCAAUUCUAACAAAGGCUGAUUUAAGUUAUGUCAGAGGAAGUUUUGCAUGAGUAAAGCUUUCAGUAAAAGGUUGCAGCAGACCAUUUCUCAUUGUUUUUGGUUUAAAAAGGCCAUUUUGAAGAAUGUCCUUCUGGUUUUGUUUUAGGAUUUGUAGGGCCAGAAUUAUUAGAAAACUGUUAGUUGCUAAAAAUUGUUUUCCCUAGUUUUGCUGUAUUGCUGUUAAGGCAGAUUGCUCAGGAAUGGUCAGUAACUUGCACUACUAGGACUCAGCCUUAAUGAAAUAUUUAUGGGCAAAUGGGGCUCUCUUGAAAUAUAACAGGACUUCCAAGUGGCACUGUAUUCCACCUGCAUAGUUCCAAGGGCACAAUACAUUCCAUAAAGAACAUUGUUUGACAGACACACCUAGUCAACAAACUCCUUUCUUUUGGGCAUCACAGCCAAUGUCACUGAAGCCAGUGGGACUUUGCUACAGAGAAGAAAUAUAAAUGUUGCAUUCACUGACAAAACUUAAAUCCAAGCAUUUGAUUCAUUCCAUAAAUUUUGCAGCCAUAAUCUCAUUAGAACCAGGAUGUAUUCCAGUUUCUCUGGAAAAAACACUGCCCAUCCAGAAACCAAACUCCAAUACCUUUAUCAGUCCUUCCCUUGAAGUUUUCAGUUUUCACAGAACAAUUAAAUUUCCACUAAGUCAAAGAAAGAGAAGGACAGAGAGAAACUGAAUCUGAUUGUAGACUACUAGCUGGGAGUCUUCGGAAGAAGUUUUUAGCUUAAGAUACUGAUCUGUGGGAGACAAGAUCUUAAAAGCUGGCUGGGUAUUUGACCAAAUUCAAAGAAACCAAUUUUGUUGUUAUACAGUAUACCUAAAUCUGAUAGUUUUAUGAGCCCUUUCCUCCAAAUUGGGAUAGUCAGAGCCACCAUGCACUGGUCAUACAGGAGCUCUGCAUGCCUAUGGUGACACUGACUCAUUCCUCAGGCCUCAGCCUCCCUCUCUGGGUCUAAGUGUCAUGCUGUAGCCCCGUUGCAGUGAUGCGUGUCAUCUAUCAGCUCGCGGUCAUUAAUGGCUUUCCCCUGGGAACAGGCACCUCAGGGAAUAAGUAGGAAGUAAUAAAACCAAAGGUCUUUUGUGAGUAGAGGUCUGAGGCUCAAGAUCUGCCACCAAACCAGAUUGCCUUCAUAUGAUGAUAGGGGAUUGAAGGCCUUUAAACUUGUGUGUGAGAGGAGAGGAAACACAGAGGCUUCCACUAGUGGAGGGAAUUGCCACAUUUUGUGUCUGUCUUGAUGCAAGUUUCUCUGGCCUUGCAAGAGAAAGAAGUAGAUGGGACAGCCAGCUUUUGUGUCUUACUGCCCAUUUGUGCCAGGGAACAAAGCCUACCUGCAUACUGUAUGAUGCAUAUGGCCCUGCGCUUCUCCAGGGCUUAAUUCCUCCCAAGACUCCUGAGGCUCCAGUUGCUGGUCUGCGCAGCCUCCUUCACCAGCUUGCACUUGGUAAACUGUUAUUGAACAUUUAACAAUCACAGCUUAUGCUCUCCGCUUACUGUCUGCAUUUCACCCAUGUGGCAGAGCAGCUCAGCUCACCAUUUCUCUUUCAUUUCACCUUCUGUUCCUCUUCCACGAUGUCAAAUUGCUCAGGUUGCAAAUACUGACAGGGAAUACUUCACUACAAUCAGAGAGAGUUUCAAUUACUGGCUUGAGGUUUCAUUAGAAAAUGACUCUGAACAAUCAUUUUUUUCCAGCUUAUUAAAAUAAAACCUAUGUUUUGGACCUAAGAGGAUUGACAGCAUUUCUUUAAUUGACAGCUGGAGAUAGCGUAACACUUAUCUUUUGCUUAGAAACAGGGAUAACUGAUGCCUGACAUUUUGGUUCUUUGAGCACUCAGGAGGUUUUAUUGAGUGAUCACCAGCUUUUGCCUGAGAAGCCUCUCAAAGCCAAGAAUGCACAGCAGUUAAAGACCAAUAUCUCCAGCUCUUUGUGGACAUUUUUGACAGUUUAGUGAAGCCUGAUUCUGCCAUCUUGCACCAAAAUGUUAAUGGAUUUUUGUGCAGUUUGCCUUAGUGAGGAUGACAGUCAGGAUCUGAAUUUGUUCUAGGCGCCAUACCAGAUCUGCAGGAGGUUGUUCAUCAGUAGAUAGCAAUUAAUAGAUUCAUUAUGCUGCAGACAGAUGACAAAGUUCAGCUGUUUUAAACCAGGAUUUACAGCACUGGGCCCGCACUUGGGAUGAACACCACAGUUUAGCAUGACCAGCUUCAGAACAAGACUUCUAUCUUGCAAAAAAAUGUGAAUGUUUUCAUUACGCAUCAGACUGGAACGGAAAUUUUUAUAAUUUUUCAGUUAAAAAAAAAAAAAAGAGAAAACAUUCAUUCAUACAGAUUAGUUCAGAGGGUUAGGGCCAUCCCCUACCUCACAGAAAAAGCAUGCUGAGUCAGUCUGUCAUAUCUGCAUCCAAAAAACCCCACUUCAUCUGAAAAAAAUUUUAACCAACAAUUUUUCAAGUAGAUUGACAUUUUAUUACUGUUAAGACUGUAUCUGAAAAAUGUCCAAAGACAUGAAGCUCACCAUGUAUCUCCUAAGCUGGUGUGCAUCCUUUAUACAAUUCAGGGUAAAAAUUCCUAUGUAUCUAUCCCAUCCAAUCAACCAUGCACUGUACUUAUAUAAUUAUUGCCAGACAGUGAGAUGCAUUCUAUUUUGAAUACAUAUAUGUUUGCUUAUGUAAAUACAUAGAGAAAAACAUUUGCUGUAUUUUGUAAUGUUAAUGUAAAAUGGUGUUCCAAUGCUUUAUUGUUUUGUCAGAUCCCACUGCUAGUAAAGCAGAUUAAAAUAUU